AUGUACUCGGAGGUGGCCACGCCUAAGGCCGCUGAGCCCACCACCUUCGACAAGGCCAACAAGGAGGCGGAGCGCAGCAUCAAGCCCAACUGGAUCCUGUACAGCAGCGUCCUCGUGGCUCUGCUCCAGCCGUUCCAGAGCGGUUGGUCCACCUCGCAGACGAACCUGACGCAGUACAACGACACCGACCAGUGCAAUGCGCGCCCCGUGGUGGAGGGCACGUGCCUCAUGUUCCCGGGUCACUCCAAGUUGGAGUGGACGUUCGCCGUCAACGCGUGGAUCUUCGGCGGCAUGAUCGGCUCUCUGUUCUGCGGUCACUUCAGCGAUCUAUGGGGGCGCAAGAAGCUGCUGUUCGUCAACUGCGCGUUCAUCGUCGUCGGCGCAGUGAUCCAAGCCUCCGUGUCCAACAUUUGGGCUUUCGCAGUGGGCCGCGUCGUGUCUGGUAUCGCUUCGGGUGUUGCUACGGGCACACUGGGUUCGUACAUCAACGAACUGUCCCCGCCGCACCUCCGCAACAUCCUCGGUCUGGGUCUGCAGAUCUCCGUGACCAUGGGUAUCGUGCUCCCCGCCAUCGCCUUCUUCUUCGCCAACACGAGCAGCGGCUGGCGAUACCUGACCGGCUUCCCGAUCAUCCUCGCGGCCAUCUUCCUCCUCUUGGCUCCGACCAUGUGCGUUGAGAGUCCCGCGUGGCUGCUGAUGAAGAACCGCCGCGAGGAAGCCAAGCAGGUCAUCGCUCGUCUCUACGGCGAAGAGAACGUCCAAGUGGCGCUCAACUGGCUCGAGUCGUCGAGCAAGUCCAACCAGUCGGAGCUGGGUGAAGCCAACAACGAGUCCGAAGUGAAGGAAUCGCUGUUCUCGCCUCGGUACCGUAAGCAACUGGCCGCUGCUAUUCUGCUGUCCUGCGCCCAGCAGCUCUCGGGUAUCAACGCCGUGUUCUACUACUCCAGCAGCAUCUUCGCUGACGCUGGCAUCUCGGAUUCGCGCAUCGGAACGCUGAUCAUCGACUUCAUCAACAUCUUCCCCGGCUUCGCUGCCGGUGCCCUGGCCGUGCGCUUCGGCAACCGUCAAAUGAUCCUGUGGGGCAUCGCCAGCAUGUGCAUCAUGGCCGUCUGCAUGAUCAUCGCCUUCCUCGUGGACGUGCCGGCGCUGUCGAUCGUCUUUACGGCGCUGUACGUCAUCGCGUUCGGCGCGACGCUCGGACCGCUAGUUUGGGUCGUCACCGCCGACCUAUUCCCGGACUCGAUCCGCGCCAGCGGCUCGUCGCUCUGCAUCGGCAUCAACUGGCUGUGCAACUUGGUCGUGGGCGUCGCCUACCCGUACAUCUCGGACGCGCUGGAUGACUACGCGUACCUGCCGUUCGUGGUGCUGCUCGUGAUCUUCUACCUGCUGGCGCUAAAGCUGGUGCCCGAGACCUCGGGCAAGAGCAGCGAGGAGAUCCAGGCCGAGUUCGACUCCCGUCAGAAGAACUAGGUAACGGUAGCCUGUUACAGUAGCGGCAGUGAUUCAAGACUAUGCAUAAGAAC